UAUUCAUGGAAACUAAUUCGUGUCAAGUAGGAAUUACAAGGAAUUCUACUUUUCCUUUACAUCUCGGGAAUUCUAACUUAAAUUUCCAAAUCCAUGAAUGCAUAUAACACUAACGGACAUUGUUUUUUAAACUACUGUAAUAAUAGGAAGCCUGCCUAAGAAAUGGAUCAAAAGAAAGUUAAAUCGAGUAACAAGUGUUGGUCAGUUGAAACGGGAAAAGAAAAAUAUAUUGCUGGAAUGGUUCUUAGUGCUGUCGGAGAUGCCCUCGGCUACAAAAAUGGUGCAUGGGAAUUUUGCACGCGAGGUGAUAAGAUUCAUAGAGAGUUAAAAGACAUGGGUGGUAUUAAGCGUAUUGAGGUUAGAUUACCUGACUGGACAGUUAGUGAUGACACGGUGAUGCAUUUAGCAACUGCAGACGCUCUUGUGAGACACAAAAAGUGUGAAGAUAAAGAAAACCUCUAUUCACUUCUUGCAGAUGAAUACCAAAAGUGUAUGAAUGAUAUGACAAAUCGUUCCCCUGGUGAGACUUGCAUGGAUAUGACAAGAAGGUUAAAGCCUUUCAAGGAAGCUGGAUAUCGUAUUCCGUUUAAUCCGAGAGGUGGUGGGUGUGGAGCAGCCAUGAGGUCAAUGUGUAUUGGACUGAGAUAUCCACGACCUGCUGACAUUGAGGAUCUUAUCGAAGUUAGCAUAGAAUCUGGAAGAAUGACCCAUCAUCACCCAACUGGAUAUCUCGGCUCACUUGCUUCUGCCCUUUUCACUUCAUAUGCUGUUCAAAAGAAACCAGUAAUCGAAUGGGGAAUUGGGCUGAUUAGAUGUCUAGAACUAGCUAAGCAAUACGUUUCUUCGUGCAAGGGCAUUUUCGUGGAAGAAAAUAUAAAAAACUGGGGCUAUUUUGAAAACAAGUGGAAGGCAUAUUUGAGAUUGAGAAACAUACAAGAAGGGGUGAAUAAGCCAUAUUUUCCAGGAGAUUUUGAUAAUGUCGUUAAACGAGAUCAGUUUUACACAAUGAUUAGUUACGACAACUGGGGAGGGGCAAGCGGACAUGACGCCCCGAUGAUAGCGUAUGACGCAUUACUAGCCUGCGAUGGUGAAUGGAGUACAUUAUGCGAUCGAGCCAUGUUUCACGGGGGGGACAGCGACAGCACUGGCGCUAUUGCAGGUUGUUUGUUCGGUGUUUUGUAUGGGUCCAGUGAUGUUCCAAAGUGCAAUUAUCAACAUGUCGAGUACCAUGACCGAAUCGAAAAAGUAGCUGUCGAACUUUAUGAGUUAGCUGUUUCAAAAUAAUAUGUGAAAGAAACUGCUUAAUAUUUUCAAUUGAAAGACAUUUCAAACACUUUUGAAACAAUAAUUGUGUUCCUUAAAUAUGUUCGCUUUCAAUAUGCCUCCAUUUAUAACCAUACAAGUAUAUUACAGAUUUAUUGAUGAAAAAUAUUAAGACUGUUCUCAUGAAAUCAUAUUAUUCUUUCUUUUUAUAAAGGCAAAUAAUAUUUGGACAUGUUUAAGAAAAAAGUACAGUAAAAUUGAAAUUUGAUAUAAGAAAUUCACAUGCUAUCAUUGAUGUUUUAAUGCUUUAAGUAAACAAUUUUAUUCGUCCUUUAUUUCUUUCAAGAUUAUAAUAAAAAAAUGCCUUAUCAUAUAUAUUUAUAUAUCAACACAAUUAAAUAAUAUUUAAAACAAUUAUCUAUAGUUAAUUCAGUGAUCUUUUCAAGCAUGAUUCUGUAAGCAAACUUGAGGACUAUAUACCUUACUGUUUGAGAAUAAAUGUUUUAAUCAUGCAUUAAAUAUAUAC